CCUGGAAACAUGGAAAGGUGGCACAACAAACUCGCUGUUGUUACUGGCGCCAGUGGCGGCAUUGGAGCCGCUUGUGCCCGAGCCAUGAUUGGUGCGGGAUUGCGCGUGGUGGGCCUGGCACGUCGCGAGGCCAAAUUGAAGGAGCUACGCGAGAGUCUGCCGAGUGAAUUGCGGCACAACUUUAUACCACGAUGCUGCGAUGUCACCAAGGAGGAGCAGGUGCAGAGCUCAUUCGAUUGGAUCGAACGUGAGUUGGAGGGCGCCGAUGUACUCCUCAAUAAUGCGGGCAUCACACGGGAAACCGAGCUGGUUACGCCCGGCAAUACGGCAAAGCUGCGCGAAGUAAUCGAUACGAAUAUUAUGGGCGUCAUUUGGUGCACCCGAGCAGCAUUCAACAAUAUGAAGAAGCGCGAUGUUGAGGGUCAUGUGCUGAUCAUUAACAGCAUUGCCGGCCAGCAGGUGUUGAACUUUAUAGAUGUGUUGCCCUCGUUCAACAUUUAUCCGGCCACCAAGUUUGCCAUUACGGCCAUAACUGAGACGUAUCGCCAGGAAUUUCAGCUGCAUAAGAGCAAGGUGCGUGUCACGGGCAUUUGCCCGGGCGCAGUCAAUACGAAUAUCUUUCCCGAAGAGAUACACUUCUAUGUCAAGGACAUGGCCAGACUGGACCCCUCGAACAUUGCCGAUGCUGUGCUCUAUGCACUAAGCACACCGCCACAUGUUCAGAUACACGAGAUAACCAUAAAGCCGAUGGGCGAGAUAUUUUAGGUCUUCACGUGGAAUUUGGUUUAUGCAGUGCAGAAAUGUAGAAGAAAUAUAUAUACAGCAACAACGAGUGCGACAUGUAA